AUGGACCCAACCAAUGAUCCCAACUUUACACCACCGUCUUUGAACCCUAACAUUGAACCUACGGCCCCAUCAUCCAAGAUUCCAAAGAAUGCUCCCAUCCAACCAUUAGUUUUAGCAGAUAUGGGGGAACCUGUUGAUGCUCCUCCACCUCAUCCACAUCCUUCAAUGUCAUCAGCCAAUUUGAAAAAAGUCACCCAUUCCAAAAUUCCUAUCAAACACACGGAAUUAAUUGAUUCCAAUUCAUCUUCAGAUACAGAAAUUUCCACCAAACCUCUGUUCCAUAUAGAAGAUGAUCAGGAAGGUGAGGUAGAAGCUAUUUUACCACCAUCAGUGACAAUUAAGUCCAAUCAAAUCGCUGAUUUGGAAGAAGUUCCUCAUGGAAUUCAACGUCAGGCCAAAAAAAUCGAAGAUUAUCAAUUCCCAACUCAUAGAUUAGCCACUAAAUUGAAUGAUGAUUCCAAAUAUCCCUUAGUUAUUGUGGCUUGUGGGUCAUUUUCUCCAAUCACUUAUUUACAUUUAAGAAUGUUCGAGAUGGCUUUGGAUGCUAUCAAUGAACAAACUCGAUUUGAAGUCAUUGGAGGGUAUUAUUCACCAGUUUCUUCUAAUUAUAAGAAACAGGGACUUGCUUCAAGUCAUCAUAGAGUAAGAAUGUGCGAGUUGGCAUGUGAAAGAACCAGUUCUUGGUUAAUGGUAGAUGCUUGGGAGAGUUUACAACCCAAAUACACCCGAACGGCGUUGGUUUUAGACCAUUUCAAUGAAGAAAUUAAUAUUAAACGAGGAGGAAUUAUGACCAAGAAUGGUAUUAAGAGAGGUGUUAAGAUCAUGUUAUUAGCAGGAGGUGAUUUAAUCGAAUCUAUGGGAGAACCUGAUGUCUGGGCUGAUCAAGAUUUACAUCAUAUUUUAGGAAAGUACGGAUGUUUGAUUGUGGAAAGAACCGGAUCUGAUGUAAGAUCUUUCCUUUUGAGUCAUGAUAUCAUGUAUGAACAUCGUAAGAAUGUGUUGGUGAUUAAACAAUUGAUUUAUAAUGAUAUUUCAUCGACAAAGAUCAGAUUAUUCAUAAGAAGAGGGAUGUCAGUACAGUAUCUUUUACCUAAUUCGGUAAUAAGAUAUAUUCAAGAGCAUAAAUUGUACAUUAAUGAAACUGAACCUGUAAAGCAAGUUAUGUCCGAUAAAGCUGAUUAA